CCGCCCCAUAGAUUGAGGGGGACACUAGUUCCACGCUUUAUGAGCAACGUCCAUUUGGAACGGCUUUUCACUUUUGCCGCGCGACUUCCCGACUGGGGAACCGGACCACGGCUCUACUCCCGUCGUCAUUGGCUGAGCGCUCCGUUGCGUCAUUUGUGGGAGCCCUCGCGCAGCGCCGCACACGCCCGGAGGCUUUUGGGUAACGGUUUACCCCCGCCCCUUCUGCCGGCCUCUUCCUUUUGCUUCCCGACGUCGCAGAGGUCGCACGCGAGAGGCCUCUCUGCCGCCACCGCCGCCGACAUGCGGUACGUCGCCUCCUACUUGCUAGCCGCCCUCGGAGGAAACCCCUCCCCCAGCGCCAAGGACAUCAGGAAGAUCCUGGACAGUGUGGGCAUCGAGGCAGACGAUGACCGGCUUAAUAAGGUCAUCAGUGAGCUGAAUGGGAAAAACAUUGAAGAUGUCAUUGCCCAGGGCAUUGGCAAGCUUGCCAGUGUGCCGGCUGGUGGGGCUGUGGCUGUAUCUGUUGCCCCUGGCUCUGCAGCUCCUGCUGCUGGUUCUGCCCCUGCUGCAGAGGAGAAGAAAGAAGAGAAGAAGGAGGAGUCCGAGGAAUCUGAUGAUGACAUGGGAUUUGGCCUGUUUGACUAAACUCCUUCCCCUUUACAAAUAAAGCCUUUUUGUGUAUCUUAA